UUCAAUGUUAACGAACUGUAAAAUAUAGAUUAGAGAAAGUUUGUUGUGCUUUUGAAACUUUUUGAGCUGUCAUUCCACAGGGCCACCUGAAAUUCCUUCACAGAUGUCUGACUGUCCUUUGUUACCCAACAUUCAAGUGUGGGAGUCCUUGAAGAACCAAGCCAAACAAGGGUGGUAAAGAGAAUCCUAUGCCAAAAUAAUUGGGAUGAUGUAAGAAAAUUAUGUUGUUAUUAUAUCAGACGCACAGAGUUGAAGCAGCCUGGCAGAAGCACUUUUGUCUGUCACCAUUCAUGUUCUUUUCGUAAUAAUUUCCCUGCAAACUCCUCCCUCCUUCUACUUCCAACUUUCCACCUCUUUUUGAAGUGCUUUCUAUUUAUAUGAACCCAACCCUCAGCUUCAUGCAUACCAUUCACUAUCACUCAAUCAUGCUCAACACUAAAUGUGAAUUUCUGUAUCCUCUUUCCAACUUUUCUUGCUCAAAUGAGUAUUCCAAACAGAGCAGCAGAUGCAAAUGGAAACUAAUCAACCCUUUUUCUUUCUUUUUAUGAUGCUCCUGCUGCUUCUUUCUGCGAUGCUCAUUUCAGCAAGAAAUGUUGCAAAAUUGGAGGCUUUUUGCACCAUUCCUCGCUUUCCUCUCAUCUGGGUUAUCUCUUCUUUGCAUCUUCUUUCUCUCAUCUGGGUUAUCUCUUCUUUGCAUCUUCUUUCUCUCAUCUGGGUUAUCUCUUCUUUGCACGUUUAAGCAUUAAACUAAGCGGUAUUGUAAAACAGUAGCCGCCAUUUGUGCUGCAAAAAUGUGUUUAUAAAUGGGAUUAACGAGGAAGGAAAGAAGCUGGAAUUUCUAUUGUUAAUGUAAAUGGUAAUGAAUGGUCAAUGAUUGUUGAUGAUUUAAUGUGGUUUAUAAAUGGAAAGAGACCCAUUCUUUUGUUUUGUCUGUGGAUAACUUGUCGCCUAUUUUAGAAUACAAAAGUUGUCAGCCUCAGAAUGGAUUCCGCCAUUGUCUAAUAUUGCAAGCUUAGUGAACGGUGCUCCGUUCACCGUCUUCCCCCAUCCUAAUCUCCGAUAUUUUCACUACUAUUUCGUCAAUGGCUUCUGUAGAUAAUCGUUUUCGCCAUCAAGGUUAUUGCAUUGGAAUCCCACCUGAUCCAGGUUUCUAUCUUGUCCUGAACUUGUCAUUUUCGGCGUCCUCAAAUGGGGAGGGCGGUGGUUUAUGUUCUUAUAUUCGCCGCCUUCGCUGCUUUCUUCGUAUUUUCUCCGUCCGAUCUCCCCGAUCGGAACCGUCAAGAACUAACUCGUCGCCUAGGUUACAAAUUCCGAACCCCCACUUUUGAUCCUCUUGUGGCAGAAUUGGAAAGAAUCGCAGAGGAACGUGAAUUGGGAAGCCGAGGAAACGUGAUUGGAGUGGAACAAACUGCGAAGGCAAAGAUUCCCGAGGCUUACAGAGAUUCCAACGACGAAGGGAGAUUGAACAUUUCGUCGAGGUUGGUCGUAUUGUUUCCUUUGGUGGACCACUCCCCAAAAGAUGGGCUUAUCAACUACGAGGAGAUGAGCAAUUGGAUUACUGAGCAAACCAUCAACAAAUUGAACAGCAGAACGGGGAGAGAGUUAGCGUUCUACGACAAGAACGGAGAUGGCGCCAUAUCUUUCCACGAAUAUCUGCCGCAGUUUACAGAGGAAGAUAUUGCUAGAAACGAAACGGGGCAUGGACAAGCUGGAUGGUGGAAACAGCAAUUCACAAAUGCUGAUGUUGACCCAAAUGGAUUGCUCAGUUUUGAUGAACUGAAAGAUUUCCUGCACCCACAAGACAGCAGCAAUUACCGAAUACAAAACUGGCUGUUGAGCGAGAAAAUGAAGCGCAUGGACUAUGACAGAGAUGGAAAACUCAGUUUUGAUGAAUUCCUCCACCACGCAUACGACAUAUACAAGAGCUAUAUUGAGUUCGAAACUCAAGGGGACGACGUACCGACCGCGGAAGAGAAAUUUGAUGAGCUUGAUCUUGAUGAGGAUGAAGUAUUGACAGUGGAAGAAUUAAGGCCAUUAUUCCAGUAUCUUAAUCCUGGAGAACUUUCUCAUGCCCAACAUUACGCAGCUCAUUUGAUUAAUGAGGCUGAUGAUAACAAGGAUGGGUUCUUAACACUCGAGGAGAUGCUUAAACACGAGUACGUAUUCUACACCACACUAUAUGAAAAUCAAAAUGGCGACUAUGAAGACGAUUUCCAUGAUGAACUUUGAUGGUUUUUUUCUUCUUUUUUUUUUUUUUUCUUUUCUUUUCUUUUCUUAAGCUUAGAUUUUAGAUUGGAUUUGAUGAUGGGUUGCAUAGGGGUGAAGGAAAUAAACAAUAUAAAAUGGUCUGGGUUACUAUUAACUCACCUACCCUCUAAAUUUUGAUUCAUUUUCCAUUGUUUUCCUUCAAAUGUAAAGAAUAGCCUCUCGUCUAUGCUGUAUAUUAAAAUGAAUUAUGGUAGACAGAUUUUCUGUCCCCAUUUUUUUCUUUCUUUUUUCCAAUUCCAUUUAUUGUAAAUCAUUUUAUUUUCU